AGAUGUGGCACCUGAAUAGAUCUUUGCGCGCUCACACAUACUGAGAAUCAACGACUUGGCGUCCAUCGAUGUUCCUUCAAAGGAGACGCUGCGACGGGCGAUCGUGCGGUGCUGCUGAUGAGGAAACGCGAUGCAAUCGAGCUCAGGUGUUGAGAAGCAGCACGUCGCUUGGCAUGAAAGUCAGCUUUGCUGGGGCCUUGCGCUAGGUAAUCGAACCCACUCUUACGCAGCAGUGCGCGAGCGAUCGAGUGGUGAGUGCAUAACCGCUGCUGGGAUUGACUGCAGCGUAUCCUUUGGGACACUCGAGUGAGGUGUCGCGCUGGCUAUGCUCUAGGCGAAAGGUACACUACACGUACGCGGUCGAAAGUGACACGCGAUGAAGCGUCGACGCCUGAGCCAGCAUGCAUCGUACAGGCGGACGGGGGCGGCAGGGCACGGGACAAAGACGUGCGCCAGCAUCUUGCAUUCAGCUUUGGGCGCAAUCAAGAACAGCGGAGAGACCAUCCCGAUCGAGCAGGACAUGUGGCAGCCGUGAGUGCGCAUGGGCAGCACUAUGCGCUCGCACGAGGUAAGGUCACGCAUGCAUGGGCACGAUCGAGUGCCCCCACGUACGCUUCGCAAUCUUGAAUCACUUUCGACCUCGGCAAGGGCGAGGGCUGCAUAUAUGCUGCAAGUGACAGCGAUGAGACUAUGGCUCCACUCUCGCCUCGACUGUGACUCCACUCACGCCUCGAGCCUGACUCGACACUCACACUCAGGACUGCGGUACGCCACGCCGCAUCACUCAAUUCCCUUGCAAUGAUUCACAACUCGUGCAAACUCAUCCAGCGCGUACUCACGUCACGACCGCCCGCUGGACGCGAGUUUCUGCAUCAGAGUAGACGUCAUGUCAUACAUUGAUGCGCCCGCGUACCCGUUGCUUUGCGCAGUCUCGCGGUGUAGGGGCGGCGUGGGCGGCGUAGACAGGCGCUUGAUGGUCAUUCUGUUGAUGCAAACUGGGGCCCAGCAUGACCGCCAGCAUUUGCUUCACCAGCGCCAUGUAUGCGCAUCGAGGCAGACGAGCGCGUGCUGCUGCUGGACCUCGAUCAACGUGAGAGAGCAUGUGUGCGGGUGAUUCAGAUUGCGAUUGCUUCUGACCGCUGACGCUCGACGACCCGCACAGCAGCUCGUAGCAGUGUAGCACUCACACUCGCUACUCAUGACCGCAUAUAUGCUGGUCAUCCAACUCGCCUCCCCCCGCACCGCCCGCCCAUCUUGUAGCUGCUUCUUGGCCUCCCUCUUCCUCGCGCUUGACAGAGCUCAAGAAGCUCAGCUCACCGUCUGCGCACGCAUGCUCACAGCACUUUGUCGACGCUCAGCAGAACUCCAUGCUCUACACCUCGGAGCUCCGCACGGCUUGCCAUCACCGAAAUCGCCA